AUGGUUGCCAGACCUCUGUUGCUCCUGUUCUUGCACAUUAGGAAAUGUUAUGACAAGUUUCAUGGGAAAGUGACCAUCACUGCAAAACCUGGCGUCAAGCUAGAAAUCCCAGAUGGAGCAGUGAUUGGGAAUAAGUCACACAAACACUCGAUUUCACACAUCGAGGAGCCAAACACUAAUAAUUCAGAAGGAUCCCUGGCUGGUGCUACUGUCUGGGAUGUAUUCCGCAGGCAGGAUCUUCCAAAGCUUAAUGAAUAUCUAGCUGUUCAUCGGGAAGAAUGUGCAGCUAGAUGUCAAGCAGUGUCUUCUGUUAAAUAUCCUAUUUAUGAUCAAACAGUGUACCUUAACGAUUAUCAUAAGAAGAUGUUGAAGGAUCAAUAUGAGGGGCUGAAGACAAUCGAGCAGAUUACAAUGGACUCAGCUUCGGUCGAGACCAAUAUGUUCAAGCUCUGCAAGGUGAGGUCUGUUCAGUUUGGCCAAAAAGGCAUCCCCUACCUGAACACCUACAACGGCCGCACCAUCCGCUACCCCGACCAGCUCAUCAAGGCCAACGACACCAUCAAGAUCGAUCUGGAGACCAACAAGAUCAUGGACUUCAUAAAGUUUGACGUCGGCAACGUGGUCAUGGUGACUGGCGAGAGGAACACCGGGCAUGUAGGAGUCAUCAAGAACAGGGAGAAGCACAAGGGCAGCUUUGAGACCAUCCACGUGCUGCUUGGAGCUUUUUGCUAUGUCUAGUUUUCUCCUAUUUGUUGUACAGGAAAACAUAGAAUAGAAUUCAAAUUUGGUGGUCGCAAAAGUGUGAAGACUUUAAUUCAUAUAAAGUUAGGCUUAACAU